AUGGCUAUGUACACUAAUAUGUUUAUUCAUUCUUCUUUGCCAGGUCCAUUGAAAAAUAUAAAUGAUGUUAGUGCAACUGGGAAUACAGUCACAGUUUACUGGCCUCAAGCUGCAAAAAGUGUUGACAAAUACAUAAUCAAGUACAGAAUUAAAGGAUCUUCUGAUGACUGGAAGGAAAAGGAAACGGAGAAAAUUUUCAUCGAGAUACCUGGUUUAGAUGAUGGAGAAACGUACGAGUUCCAAGUGUUUUAUGAAGAUGCAGGGAAAGAGAUGGUGUAUACUGAAAUACGCGAGUUUUCAGUUCCAUCCGUGAGUAAGUAUGACAUAUUGAACCCCCAACACUUUAUAUACAAGUAUUGGGAAUCUGAAAUUUGCCCAAUGACUUUAGAGAAGGUUGAGACUUGUGAGCUUUAGUCAAAUUGAUAAAUUUAUCGCUAUACCACUUGCACUUCUUCAGCUCUAAGUGACACUCACUGCUCUGUAUAUUCAGUAUACAGAAUGCAAUUAUUUUCCACUUUUAAUUUUACAUUCUGCAAUGAUGUAUUGGUAAUGUGGUCCGAUCCAUAUGUCCACCAUGUUGAUCCCGUUCAACGUUUAAUUCUUAAAACUUUUGACCAUUAUUUACAGCUACUACAGCACCUGCACCUGCACCUACACCUACCAGAAAAACAGCACGUAAGUUUAAUAUCUUGUAUGAAACACGUGGCUUGAUAUUAGGCUUACCAACGGAUUUUUUGAAGGCCAAAGGGAUGCCAAUUUCAUUAUCAAAUCCAUCUCUUCAAUUUGAAAAUAAGGCAAUACUCCAUCACCAUUACCACAAUACCCCAGAACCCUUCCAGUGUAAUGUUUCGUUCAUUAUACAGAACCCUGCUGUGCGUAGCUCGAAAUGAUGAUGAACUUGGUUAACGAUCGCACCCCGAGUCACGACCUUGGGUCGCACACCCCACCCCCUCACUUACCACAUCUGGCUUGAUCCAUUCGUGAUCUUUCUUUUUUUGUUGGGGGAAAGGAGGUUGAAACCACGGGUACUCGAUGCUACUAUGACAUAGCUUUGUUUCAGAUCUUGUAACAUGCAAAAAGAAACAAAUGAACCCUGAUAGAUUGCAUAAAGUAGCUUACAGUAAUUGCACUGCGGUAUACAUUCGGUAAAAGGUCGGUGCCCCUUGGGAAUAAAUAGGAGAAAGCACCCUAUCUAUUAUUUUCGCCAAUUCCUUGACAUUUACUGGAAACUACAUAGAUUUCACAAACUAUCCUUUGUAUUUAGAGGUUGACGGUAAAUUUGAAUUAAUAAGCUCAUCAGAAAUGCUUAAUAUGAAAACAAAUGCUCGAUAAAUAUAAUAAUUAAAGCGGCAGUCAAGUCCGUUUUGCGCAUUUAUAGGUAUGGGCGUGGUUUGUUUAUGCUUUGAAACAUAUUGAUGUAAUCUUAAAAUCUACACAAACAUCUAUUUUGUUUCUGUUCAACAAAUAGUUAAAAUUAGAAUGAGGUCCAUUUUCGCUAGAUAUUUGAGAAACGUAGACCAGAUCUUUCCCUUUAUACAGAUUCUAUAUUUACCAGAAAGAAAGCAUGUAUGUUAUAUAUUGCGUAUCUUAUAAGCACGAUAACACCUUGAAUAGUAGAGUAAAGUGCACCACCUGUGGUCUUAAGGCAUAUCGUCAUUUACUUGGCUCAACCGUCGAGAUUGCUUGAUAUUUGGACAAAUUUUGGAACGGUCUAAAUAUUGUAAAAAUUUCUCUCUCGCGCGCGCGCGGAGGUAAAAGUAAGCUUUGAUUUCUCAGCGAGAUUUUGCGGUACGCCCACCAAAAAAGCAAGGCAAAUAGCUAAGAUCCCAGUCUAUGCUAAUGCAAAAUUUCACAGCAGUAGAUUGAAUACUUUCGGAAUGGCAACAUUUCUGCUUUUUGAUUUUCGAGUGAAAUUUGUUGUUUUGGAGCUAAAUUCCCUCUUUAGCAGCUAAAUUUUCUCUCAAAUUUUAUCGCAAUGAGCUAAAGUGUGGGGCCCACAGAUCGGAAUUUUAAUUGAAUUUUGUAUUGUUUGAAACAAAAUUUGUAAACAAAACACGCGCGUGAGCAGAACGGACUUGACUGCCACUUGAACUUCGAUAAGUAUGUUUCUAACAAAGCAAACGUUACUCCGUACAAUAGCUCCAAUAGCUCCAAAGACAGACGAAAAACCUAAAGGAACUGGGCAAAGUAAGUGUAAUAUCUUGUAUGGAAUAUGUGGCUAGGUAUUACAUGUACUUGAUAAGAACUUUAAUAACCAACCUUACCUUAGUAGCAUCAGUGGUUCGCAAUAAACGCCAUCUUAGUUGAUUUUCAAUAUAUUCCUCAUUCCCAUAGCGUGCGAGAGACCAUAAAACUGGUCGUAAUACUGUAAGCUGUGUUUAAAGAAACUAGGAAAUAUUUAGCACUUACUGACCAGGUCCGAGGGAAACACACUGUUUCCCCUACCUUCUUCGCGAGCCAUACAGCCCGUAAUAGGUAUGCCCGUUCGCAGGUUAAAAUUUGAAAUGUGAGACGAAGGCUUGUGUAGCUGUAAGUUUCCCACUAAUUUUCGCCGCCCUAUAUUUUUGAAAGGCCUGCGGAGGAGGUAGCUGUUUCCCGAAAGUCCCAGUCAAUAAGUAUUUUAUUAUUUUCAAAGAAAACAAAAAGAAAUGGGAAACUUUCAUAAUUUUAUUAUUCAUCAGUGAAUAAAAGUAAUGUUCACUUUGCCAGGUGACUUUCACGUGAUACGCUCUCGUCCACUGAGAGGCAAGAAAACAUGAACUUUGACACUUUGGAUAUAAUAAAAUAGAUUUAACUCAACUACACACGUAAAAACGCACAAGCUGUUACAGGUCUGCAAACAAGUUGUUACAAAGCUGUUCAUAAGCUGUCGACAAGCUGUGUUCGCACUGCUUGUACCCAGUUGUUGUAACAAGUUUGGAACAAACUGUCAACAAUUUGUAACAAGCUUGAUGGCAUUAUCAGACUUGUCACAAUGUUGUUCUAACAAGACUGAUACGGCCAUUGAUAUAACAAGAAUGUUACAAGGUUGACGACACAAGGAUGUAACAAUACUGUUUUUUCAUGACUGCAUCGGACUUGUUGGAACAACCUUGUAACAAGUAUGAUAAUAUCAACAAGGUUAUAAAGUUUGUUCGUUCACUGCAACCAGGUAUAUCAAUCAUGUUUCGCUCGCUACUCUGGUUUAAAUAAAUGAUUACAAAGCCCAGUCGAAUUGUAAUCAAGACCCAACGUUUCGACACUCCAGUCUAGUGUCUUCAUCAGGGGUGAUCUAAAACUGCGAUCGUGGCUUCUUAAAUACCCAAGGGAUGACGUCACCUGCCAAGAAGAUGCAUAUAUUCUUCUGGCAAAUAGGCGCCGUCAUCCCUAUUCAAAGCAUGAUGACUCAUAUUUAUAUGCCACGCUUCUAGGCAAAGUCUUUGACCAUAGCGAUUGUUUGUGGUAAUUACUUUAGAGUUUUCCCACGCAAUCUCGUGUUUGGUGUAACAUACAUGUUCGGCUAAAGCUGAUUUUCCCUUGUCUAAAGUUGAAACAGCCUUUUGAUGUUCUUUUAGCCGUGUACCAAACUGGCGUUUAGACUGACCCAAAUACUCUUCGUCGAUGAUGUCAUCUCUGCGGUUUCUACAAAUGAGAUCGAUAUUCUGCUGCAACAUUUAAAUUCUAUUGAGCCGUCCAUCCAAUUCACGGUAGAACGUGAAAUAAAUGGACAUUUAGCUUUUUUAGAUUUGAAUGUACACAGAACUGUCGAAGGGAAGUUAGAGAUUGAUGUUUAUCGCAAACCCACACACACAGACAAAUACUUGUCAUACGACUCUCAUCACCCAGUAAGCCAUAAAAGAUCCGUAGCAAAAACUUUGCUUCAAAGAGCUGAAUCGUUGCCGUCAAACAGUGAUUCUCAAGCUAAUGAACGUGAAUAUGUUCUAAAUGUUUUAGGGGAAAACAAUUACCCAAAGCGUUUUCUUAAUGAUUGCCUGAGACCACCUGUUUGUAGGAACCAAAAUAACUCCGAGGGUGAUACCUCUGUUAAGGGUUUUGCAAUAGUUCCAUACAUUCAAGGUGUCACAGAACCAAUCAAGAGAAUCUUAAGUAAUUGUAAUAUUAAGGUUGCCUUAAAACCCUAUUUGACCUUAGGCCAUAUUUUCGCAAAGCCAAAAGAUCCUGUUGAAAAAAAUCAGAAGACUCAUGCUAUGUAUUCUAUACCAUGCGGUGACUGCGAUAAAUAGUAUUUGGGUCAGUCUAAACGCCAGUUUGGUACACGGCUAAAAGAACAUCAAAAGGCUGUUUCAACUUUAGACAAGGGAAAAUCAGCUUUAGCCGAACAUGUAUGUUACACCAAACACUAGAUUGCGUGGGAAAACUCUAAAGUAAUUACCACAAACGAUCGCUAUGGUCAAAGACUUUGCCUAGAAGCGUGGCAUAUAAAUAUGAGUCAUCAUGCUUUGAAUAGGGAUGACGGCGCCUAUUUGCCAGAAGAAUAUAUGCAUCUUCUUGGCAGGUGACGUAAUCCCUUGGGUAUUUAAGAAGCCACGAUCGCAGUUUUAGAUCACCCCUGAUGAAGACACUAGACUGGAGUGUCGAAACGUUGGGUCUUGAUUACAAUUCGACUGGGCUUUGUAAUCAUUUAUUUAAACCAGAGUAGCGAGCGAAACAUGAUCACCAAGGUUGUUACACAUUGUUAACAACUUGUUCCAAACUUGUUGACAACUUGGAACAAGCAGUGCGAACACAACACGUUGACGGUUUGUUGGCAGACUUACUAUAAGAUGUGAGAUUUUUACGCAUGUACCUUCUGACUCUAACGGUUAAACUAGCUUUACAUUCAACCAAGAUGGUGAGUGCCAACUCAGUGAUCCGAUGCGCAAACGAAGAACAGGAUUUACUGUUUGCUUCAUUUCAGUCUGUUUUCUAUAAGCUCAAGUUGUGCCAUUUAGCAACCAUGUUGUAGAGGUAUAUUGAGAAACUCUUUUCCUUGCAGGUCCACCUCCAUCUCCACCGGGAAAAGUAGCGCGAAAAAAAGGACUAAGUGGUGGAGCCAUUGCCGCUAUCGUGAUUGUCAUCAUCCUGCUUGUACUUAUAGCAGUGGAUAUAUUCUGUUGUUUCUUCAAUCAAUGUGGUGUUACACACAUGUGUGCUGCUGCUUGUGCUGGCAAGAAACGUGAAAAAUGUAAGCUAAGCCUCUUUGUUUUUGCGGAAAUUUUCAUUACCUGUAUCUAAUUUGGGCACCCCCGCUAUGAUCAUUGGGGUGGGUAUGCACCACGAUGUUAAUUGGCCUUUCACACGCCAUGCAAAAGAGGAUGAUUGAAAGAUCGUUGAAUUUUCCUGGCUUUAGUUUUUGGAGAUUUUCUGAAAUUUAUUUAACGUUAAAAAACGAACAUUUUGUUUAAUGUAUUGUUGUUCAUAUCGUACACAUUUGUUUGGAAUUCAUUAAAUUUUAGUCCAUAAAAUAUUAUCUAUGCCCUUGAAAGUCCUUGGAUUUUACUCUUCCUAACUUGUUCUACCCUGGAUGCAUAGGUUCUCUGAUGUCGGUGAGUUCCAGCGCCUAGAUGCAGGCUACAGGCACGCCAUACAAGGUUCAGCAAAAUAGGAAACCCCCUGAUCCGGAGUGAUCCUGUAUGAAACCUGGAGAAAUUUUGUGUAGUAAAUAGUAAUUAUAAACAUUGAUACUGUAUUUAUACUUCACUAAAUCCACUCCUUCGCUUGUUGCCGCCUAUUUCCCACCCAAAAUGGCAGACAAAACGUGGUCACAUGGCUUAACCUUUGCUAAUUCUAGUCACUUGCGCAAAGAAAACGGUUUACGUGCCUAACACGUGCUACAAGCAGAUCAUAGUCACUAACGCCCGUAUUUCUAAAAGCUCACUCACACUCAAUGAGUGGAGGUUCAAUCUGAGCUUCUCUUGAGUGUCAAUGCUAUUUUUGAAUAACUGGAGAUUUAGUGUCGUACCUUACUAUGUGACUACUCACCUUCCAGCUAUUCAAAAACAGCAUUGACACUCAAGAAAAACAACGUGCAGUUGAUCCUCGAACUGCAGUAGAAUGGUUUCGGUAGAUUCUUUUAACCCUACCUUGUUUUCUUAAUCGCGUGCUAUGGAACGGGUAAAAGUGCAAUAAAAUUUUAUUUAAUAAAUUGUUCCGCCAAAAUUUGUUUGUCUGAGAUUUUUAACUGGUAGGUUUUAACAUGUUUUUAACUUCUCUUGAAUAUUUCAUUUAGAUAAUGUGGAUGGCUCGCCAGAAGAAGGAACUAAAUUGAAAGAACGAGACGAGGAUGGGUAAGGAUGUACAGAGAAUUGUUUCGCUGCAUGUACAAGUAAAGUAUUUCACUUCAUGAAACGUUUAUAACAAACAAGUUUAGCGUUUACAACAAACACUGAUUUAAGUUCUUAAAACACUGAUUUGUUUAAGCAAGCUAAUCACAAAAGAUGUUCAGUCAUUUCACUGCAUAGGUUCGUACUGUACAGUCUCAUUUUGCUAGUUUACAAUUAAGAAAUAGAUUCUGUGUUUCUAUAUACAGUUCUAGUGUAAAUUCAGUAUUGAAAAAUGGCUUUCAAGCGUUCUGAUUGGCUCGUCAGCAGUGCCUCUGAGGCAAUAGUUACUGUUCUGAGCAGUAACUGUUGCUUUCAAAACAAAAUGGCUGCCGAAAAUCCACUUGCAAACAAAUCAUCGAAGAAAAAAUUGAAGAAAUUAAAGCACAUACUAUUCCUCUAAAAGCAAAAGAAGCAACAUUAGCAAGCAUUAUUUCCGGAAGACAAAAGCACCUUUUAGAUGCCUAAAACAAUUUAUUUGGCAAUUUAAAACUGGGAAAUAACAGAAUCGGGCGACAAGGUUCCGACAGCUGGAUUCGACUCAAAAGCGGAAGAGUGAAGUAAAUUAUAUUGACAACGUUUGUAUAUAUUAUUUUGUUUCAAUACUGAAUUUAUGUACUAAAACAAGUAGUCACCUCGGGUUCGGUGACCACAAGACUAUAUUCACUUCGCUGCUUCGCAGCUCAGUGAAUAUACUAUACAGUGAAUCACCUCGCCUUCCGUGACUAAUAGUUAAAUAGAAACACGCGCGUGGGAGCUUGGGAGAACGAAAAAUAAUCCGCGGGCUCGUUUCCAUACAGCUAUAGAAACAUGCUUCUCCAUCAAUCAUCGCUUGCGUACCAUAAAUGUUGUUUAUAAAGGUUUUAUUGUUGCGGUGCUGUAGGUCCUGUAAUCCUAGGCAUUUCUCGUACAUUUUAAUAUUUUUCAUUUCAAUUUUUUACUAUACAGGGUGUGUAAAAAAGUGCACUGUUCGAAAAUGUUAGCUAAACUACAAAUUCCGCAACAUCUGUGAAAACUUUAUGCUAGCAUGGAUAGUUUGGGGUCCGCUAGUCUAGUAUCUUUACCAUUAAAAUCAUUUUGAAAAGUAAAUUUUUGAUUCCAGAAGAUAGUUUUUAAAAACCACUAUAAAAAUGGCACAAAAAUGAAAUGAUGAUUUGGUUAUUUAAAGUAUAUCCUUUCAGUUUUAGCUAUUUCCUUCACAAUGCUAGUAUUGUAGCUAUACAUAUUGGAUUGAUUUUCACUUAAAUGUUUUAUACAAACAGUUGGGUAGAAGAAAAAUAUUGCACGAAAAUAUUGCACCAAGCAUGCAUAUUUUUCCCACGAGCCCAAAUAUUUUUUGCGAAAUAUUGCACCAAGCAUGCAUAUUUUUUCCCACGAGCCCAAAUACUUUUUGCGAUGUGAAUUUUUUUUUUUUAUUCUCAGGAAAGAAGAUCCUGAAGUUUGAUUUUACACGCUAGAGAAAACGAAACAGACUUAUAAAGAUAAAGUAUAACAGGGACAACCGUCCUAUAGGAUGUUUUAACAAAUGAGCAGUUUUAAACUAUGCGCAUGAUGCUCGGUUUCGUUCUCAUCAUCGUUAUGUAUUGUCCGUAACUUCUUGAAGAUAAUAUGCAAAUUAUAAGACGCUAAUGAAAACGGUGGAGGUGAAAACGACACGUUGUGCACAUAACCUUUAGUCCGCAUUUGAGUUGAUUUUUUCGAAUGUGUUGCAGCCAGGCUGAGAACGUUUGAUGAAGGAAAGAUUAUCGGGAAGAAGUUCGACUAUCCGGGAUUCGUACACUUUGAAUUAUAAUGUUCUUGUCUUGAUUCACUCUCCAAUAGACCUUUAACCUUAUAACUAAAAUUUUGAUCUAGACAAGUCUAGACAAAAAUUUCAUCACAGCUUGAAAGAGCAUCACAAAAUUAGUAAUAUUCCGAAGUUUCGUUGCGAAAUGUUGUAAAAUGCGGAAAAUAUAGCCUUGCGAAGUUUGCAAUUUUCAGUCAUUUUAGAUUACAAACGGGAAAUUGAUACCCAAACACCCGAUUUGGGUAUCAAUUUCCCGUUUGUAAUGCAAAAUGGCUGAAAAUUGCAAACUUCGCAGGGCUAUGUUAUCCGCAUUUUACAACAUUUCGUAACGAAACUUUAGAAUAUUACUAAUUUUGUGAUGCUCUUUCAAGCUGUGAUGAAAUUUUUGUCUAGAUCAAAAUUUUAGUUAUAAGGUUAAAGGUCCAUUUCACCAGAAGUUUUUACCGAGAUUUCUGGUAAACGUAUACCCCAAAUGUACCGGGGCAGUUGUUCAAAGCUGGGUUAGCUUUUAACCUAAAAUUCAAAGCAAACUUUCCAACAGCUUGUUUAUACAAAUUUGGAAAUAGUUGUGUAGAGAUCUUGUCUGAAUCAGUAGGGGUUUUCUUGUCUGAAGUUUUGAAAUAAACAGACGUGCAGAAAUAUGGAAACUAAAACAGCAGAUUAAAUUUUGACCGAGAGUUAGCGUUAGUUCAGCUUUUGAACAACCGGCCCCAGGGUAUUAUGAUCUCUGAAAACACAUGUGCAUGCUGUUCUUGUAUAUAGGUACUGUUCAUGUUAAAUUUUAUCUAUUUCCAUCAGGAAUUGGCUGUGUUAAACCCUUUAAAUCUUUAUUGCUAGCAUUUAAAAUAUCGAGUCCUAAAUUUGUCUUAAGGCCCCUUUUGGUUGUGUAAAGUUAUUGAUGCAUGAUAACUGUGAUAAAUGAUGAAGGUGUAUUUCAACAUUGUGUACGAAUCCUGGAAACAAUAUUACAGUAUUCGCGAUGUGGCGUAAGUAAGAUGAACAAAAGUUAUAGUUUUUUAGGUUAAACAUGUUUUAUUAAUAUAAAUGUAUUCCCUCUAUUUUAUUAAAUAAAUUAUUUCCUUCCAUA